ACUAAAGUAAGAAAACAAGUUAGAAGUUUUAGACGAUCGUAUUUUUCAUUUGACAAUGUCCUGGCAUUAUAAUAACCCAAUUUCCACGCAUGAAUCUUACUGUAAGUCUAUGACACUGUUUGCUUCCGAUCCCAGCUAAUCUAGAAAAUUUUAUAUACAUAUUGUUCGAGUCUAGACUAAUUCUGAAAGUUCAGUAUAAUUUUAUAUUAAUUUAUCCCAGAAUGGCAGAAUCUGUGUGGAUCACAAAAUACCUAAUACACAUGUUAAUAGACCUUUGAAUAUACUCAAAGCUAAGCUUAAGUUUGGUUCCAAGAAAACAACAAAAACAAUGGAAAUCCUCACUUUAUUCUCCCUCUUCCUUUCUAUCAUCUUCUCCAUCACACACAGAGUACUAUGUGUAGAAACAUGUGAGCUUACUUCAUGCAGUCCUACAGGACCAACAGUCCGGUUCCCUUUUCGUCUAGGUAGACAGCCCAGACAGUGUGGUUAUCCAGGUUUCGAUCUUUCUUGCAACAACCAAAGUCAACUUCUCCUAAACAUACCAUUUACUGGAAAUCUUGUAGUCACUGAUAUUAAUUAUACAUCACAAACCAUAUUAUUUAAGCCCAAAUUCUGUCCUCCCCCUAGACUUGACACUUUUAGUCCUUUUGGCUCUCCGUUUGAUUUUGGUUUAUUAGAUGAAUAUUUUUUUAUUAAUUGUUCAUCAACCUGGUAUUUUCCGGGUUCUUCAUCAGUUGACGUGGUAGAUAAGGAUUGUGUUGGUAACGUGAAUGGUACAGUUGUUGCGUUUCCUGGAAGAUUUUUUAAUGGGUUUAAAGACGGAGGCUUGCCAGAAAACUGCACAAAUAUUCUAUUGGCGACGGAUAUUCCAGUGGGGUUUCGGUGGAAUGCCCCUUUUUGUGGGCGCUGCGAGCGUGACAAUGGGACUUGUGGGUACAAGAAUGUGGAGACCCUGGAAGUUGGUUGCUCUGUAACUUCUAAGGGUGGUCUUUCAGCUGGUGCCAAGUAUGGAAUAACAAUCGGUGCAGGAUUGCCAGGACUUUUUCUUCUCGUUUGUCUCUCAAUCUAUGCAAGAAAGAAAAUCAACGACCGUGCUCUCAUCCAGCAGCGGCAUCAUGUGUCAGAUUUUCCGACAACAAUAGCCCUACAGCCUCCCAGGUUUGCAAUGGGACUGGACAAGCUCACCAUCGACUCCUAUCCCAUGACAGUGCUGGGAGAGAGCAAGCGAUUGCCUAAGCCUAGUGACUCGACAUGUGCAAUAUGUUUGUCCGAGUACCAGCCAAAUGACACACUGAGGACUGUACCAGAAUGUAAUCACUAUUUUCAUUCUAAUUGUAUAGAUGAAUGGCUCAAGCUCAAUGCCACUUGUCCGAUAUGUAGGAACUUCCCGGAGGGAUCACUUGAUAGAGCUGCUCCGCCUCUGUCCUCAUCUUCCUCAUCUACUUCGCUAUUUUCUAGUUAGACAAUAGUUUGUUAAUCAUGUUUGCAGAAACCUUUGACCUGGUUUCUGCCCUCUGUACAUUGUACGAUGAAAAUGUAGGAUACAUAUCCUUAUUACUUCACGAAACUCAGUACUUACGAGUAAUCAAAAUCAUAUGUUUAAAAA